GCCUGACUGAAUGGAUAUUUUAAUCUGGCCCGUUUAUAAUAUUAAUACGUGGGCGUUUUAUUGUUCUCUUCCCCCUUAAUAGUUUUUCUUUUUUAAUCCCUUUGUUUCUCUGUGGUAUUCAACAAAUUUGUCUCGAAUUUAUAGAGCUCGAAGCUUCAAGGAAGUUAUAAUGGCUAGUGAAGAUGAAUCGAUUGAACAAAAAGCUGCUGCUCGUAAAGAGGCACUUAAAGCUCUAAGGGCAGCUCAGGAACUGUCUGAGACCAAGGAAGACGGAGAGGAUGAAGCUGUCGAAGAAGAUGGUCCAGCCAUGAAGUUUAGAAACUAUGUUCCCCAAGCUAAGGAGCUUCAGGAUGGUAAACUAGCGCCACCAGAGCUACCCAAAUUCGAAGAUCCGAUCGUUGCACUUCCACCUGCUGUAGAGAAGAAAGAGGACCCAUUUGUUAACAUCGCUCCAAAGAAGCCAAACUGGGACCUCCGAAGAGAUGUGCAGAAGAAGCUUGAUAAGCUCGAAAGGCGGACUCAAAAGGCAAUGCAUAAACUCAUGGAGGAGCAAGAGAAAGAACGUGAGAUGGCUGAAGCUGAUGGUAACACCAUAGAAAGUUGAAACCCAACGACGUCAUCAAAGAAAGCCACCACUGAACAGUAUAUUCUACUCGAUUUUGUUUAACUGUUAAAGCAUUCGAAGUGAGUAGACCAUGUAAAAUCCUACAGCCAUUGGCAUAGACAUAGUAGGUUUAUCUUCUUGUGUGAAUCAAAGAAAGUCGCAAUUUAUUUCCGAGUAGAAUUAAGUGCGGUCCGGUUUUUCUCUAAAUUUGGUUCAACAUCGGUGGUAAUCUAGUUUGAUCAUUAAUGGAACUGCGUUUUUUGGUUUGAUUCGAUUUACUGUGGUUUGAUAAAGACAUCCCAAACUAGA